GUUGGAAGAAUUUAGGAUGAAAUAUGCCGGUAAGGGAAUGCGUGUCUCUUGAUGGCUAUUGUAGGUCCUCCAGCCAUGAAGCCAUUUCGCACAAGUCUCUUCACAAUUCAGACAAUGCGAAAGUAACGUCCCAUCUGGAAGCUUCAUCCACCAAAUGCACGUGAACAUCCUCGAUCAGAGACAUAACAGAAGCCAGACAGAAACUGCAACGGCUGCAACCGCUGCAAGGCAGAAAGACAAUGCACCCGUUUAAGAUGAGCGCGAACCGAGCGGUCUCGAUAGAUUGAGGAAGGUGCAAUGUUCAUGCAAUGUGGAUGAUUUUCUCAAAAGCGGAUUACAAUAUUAUGUUUUUUUAAAGCUAAAUUAAACGGUUUAAGGAAAGUUUCAUAAGUCAAAUACUGUUCGCAAAACAACAUGGCUGAAGGACAAAAGUCGCCGCCGAAGACAGGUAAUGAAAAGCAACUAUGCAAACGGGAAGACUUUACUGGAUCUCUUGUCAAAAUGACUCCAAAGGAAAUGAGACUGCUGAAGAGACCACCGCGGGUGUUUAGCGAACAGUUCGAGGCUUACGUGGCGAGAGAAACAGAACGAUGCGCCAAUGCUACCAGCGAGGAGAAAUUCCAGAUUCAUCGGGAGGUGUUUCAGUACACCAUCGAACAGUUCGGGGAGCACCGUCAGGUGCUCUGCGACAUCAAGAUGCAGUACGACAACGCGGUGAAGCGCCGGGACGAAACCAUCCACCAACUGCAGGAAACCAACCGCCACCUGGUCACCGAGGCGGAGCUGCACGCGCGCCGGCUGAAGUCGGCCCAGGUCACCGCUCAGAAGGAGGUGGAGACGCUGAAGCUGACCCAGGCGCAGAUGCGGCACCAGAUGGCGCUACUCACCGACCAGAAACAGAAGAUAGCCAAAGAACUGGAGGAGGUGCGCGAGGCGCUGUUCGUCGAGCGGCGUCGGUACCGGGAGGAGCACGAGGCCCACCAGAUGGCCCAGAGCGACCUCACCGAGCUGACACAGCGGUACGACAACCUGCUGAAGCGGCUCAACAGCCGUCCGCCGCCCAGCGACACGAAGGCCACCUCCAACGCCGACGACCCCAUUGUGCUGCGCGUGGCGCUCAACAAGUGUCGCGAGGAGCUCUCUGCCGUAUCGGCUCGGCUGGUCGUCAUGGAAACCAGCUACACGGAGGUGGUGCCGCUGCGCGAGCUGAAGCUGGCACGCGCCGAGACGGAGCAGGUUCGAGCAGAGGGCGAGGAGCGGCUGGCGGCGCUACAGCAGGUGCUUCAGCAGGAGCGGGAGACAGAGGUGUUCCGGACGCCGCGACCCGACUGGAACAGAGCGGCGGCGUACGUGCCCGGAGGGGAGACAGAGUGGGGCCCGCUGAGGGCCAGCCUGCCCAGCUGUGACGUCAUGCAGGUGCUGCUGGACCAGCUGUCGGCACCCGGACCGGACACUUUCACUGGACUGGGAACCGAAUCGGAGCUCAUCCCGCCAUUCCUGAAGUGGCAGGGUGAAGUACGGAACCUGAGAAUAACCCGGCGACAAGUCGUGCAUAUCAUAUGCGACAUCAUGGAAUGCAAGGAGAACAACGAAGAUCCAUUUCAGAGUUUCUUCAUCCUCUACUUUAAGGAAAGGUUCCCGUUCUCGUGGACUGAGUGGAUCUACAGCUUCCACUACGCGCUGGAGCGUCUCACCGCCGACGACCCGCAGCACCUGCUGCUAGGCCUGGUGGACGGUGCCGGUACCGGGCCACACACGGACACAGGAACCCCGGCAGAGGAGCCUGUCGGGGCCCCGCCGCCGCCGCAGCCGGCACAGGCACCGCCGCCGCCGCCGCCGCCGCCGCCGCGGCCCCAGCCGGGCUCCGGCGCUCCGCGUCCGAGCGUGGCCGUGGCUCAGGGCCGGCCGUCCAUCCCAGCCGGCGGCGCCGGCUCCGUGGCCGAGAAGUUACAGCAGAUGCUGGAGCAGCGCCAGGCGCGGCUGUCGGUGUCCUCCGGUCCCUCGGAGAGGUCGGCAGGCACCCCGGCCACGGCCCCGCCCAGCGGCCAGACCCAGGUGGACAGUUCUGGUGCCGACACGCGCGGUGCCUCGGCGCCCGCCACCCAGCCGCCCGUGCCUCCCGAGCAGCAGAACAGACGAAUUCAGCUGUUCUGGAACAUUCUGUACGGGAAGCAGCACGAGUCCGUGUACACGCGGAACCGGAACGCCCUCCUGCAGCUGCGUAAAGAGUUCUCCGUGGCCGACGCCGACAAACAGGGGACCGUUCUGUACGACUCGCUCGGUCGGAUCAUCUCGGAGGCGUACUUCAGCAUCAAGACAGACGAGGAGAUCCAGCGGCUGGUGCUGGCGGCGGCGUUCGGGCGCACGGAGCUCGAGCCCGGUCACGUGCCGCCCGUCACCAACGUCAACUACGCCCGCUUUCUGGAUAUGUGCCGCGAGACGGACAGCGCGUUCCUGCAGGAGUUCUACCAGCAGAUGGACAGAGCCAGCGCCGUGUACAUCGACCAGCUGACGGAGCUGCUGAACGACGGCGACGUCAUUCAGAAGAGCAUCCUCACGCAGGCGGUCACCACCCUGACGCCGGACAUCGCGGAUGCCGAGCUGCAGCGGAUCUGCGCCUGGGUGUGUCCCGCCGACGGGCAGGCCCUGUCGCUGGAAGAGUGCAUCGACCGACUCAAAGGGCUGCCGCUGCCACCCGAGAGAACAGCCGCCGCCGGAGACGACGCCGUCUAAGGCGGCGGAACGGGCGAAACCGAGCGACGACAGGCCGGUGACACCACCGUCUGAGGCAGCGAAACGGACCAAACAGGAGACGGCAGGUGGCGGGGCGGAGCGAAGAUACCUUGGACCUUAGAAGAUACUGUCUGAGGCGGCGGAGCGGGAGACGACGCCGUGUGGGGCGGUGGAGCGGGCGACAACACCUGCUGAGGCAGGGGGAUGGGCGAUGGGCAUCAGAGGCACCGCUGCUCGACUGCAAAAGCGCUGUAUGUAGAAGGCGGAUAAGUACAGGAAACGGUGCCUCGCUCCGUCACGCCAGGGGUUUAAUGGGACGGCAAAAUGAUCAUAGAAUCAGAUGGUCGAUACUCGAUACCUUGCUUUCCGUCUUGGGGGAGGGGAGGGGGUGUUUAGUGUUUCGUGGUUAGGUACUGACCUCAAAUAAUAUCUAAACUCGUAUGUGCGUGCAAGACGGCGCAGAUACCGAGCUGCACAUGCGAAUCUAUGAAUGCAUUUAUGUAUCUGAGUGAAUAUGUGUGAGGCGAUACGAGCGAAAUAAAUGCAUGUGUUUAUAGGCAUAAGCCA